CCACGUCCCAUCAAGAAGCAUCCAUAAGCUCUCCACCUGUAUUCAUAUCUUCUAAAUUUGUACUGCACAAUUGUAAUAUCAGACAAUCUGUGGAUUUUUUUCUUUUGUUUUUGCAGAUAACAAAUGCAGACGUCCAUGAUAAGAGCCUUGUGCAGACCAUCAAAACUAUUCAAAGGCGCACCCAUUUCAUUCUCACAACAAUUUUCCUCAUAUCAUCAUAAUCAUAUGUUCUCCACUGGUGAAGACGACAUACAACAAGGUUACAGAGAGGAUAUGGUGGAGUCAUAUGGGCUUGCCUAUGCUACAAGGUGCUCUGAUGAGGGCUAUGGUGAAAGGUAUGGAGAGAGUGUUAGAGAAAAGGUGGACAAGGAGGACAUGAAAGUGUCGUUGGGGCUUGCCCAUGCCACAAGGUUCUUUGGGAAGGGCAACAAGGAAGGUUAUGAGGAGAGCAUAACAUUAAGCAACCAACAUGUGGGUGGUGAGGAUAUGACAAAGUCAUUUGGGCUGGCCUAUGCCACAAGAUGCUCUGAUGAGGGAUAUGGGGAUAGGUAUGGGGAGAGUGUUGAAGUUGGGGGGAAGUGUGGAGAGGGUAUUGAAGUGUUGGGCAAACAAAAUUUGGAGGAAAAGGAUAUGGGAAAGUCAUUUGGGCUUGCCUUUCCUAGAGAGUGCUUUGACACGGACUACAAUGGAAGGCAUGGUGAUCAAAAAGUGGAUGAGGAGGAUAUGACAGAGUCAUUUGGGCUUGCUUAUGCUACAAGGUGUUCUGAUGAGGGGUAUGGGGAAAGGUAUGGAGAGAGCAUCAAAGUGUUGCGCAUUGAUGCCAGGAAAAUGGAGUUAGAGGGCCAUUUUUGAGUGCAAUUCUCUUGCCAUGCAAGUUGGAAGUCAUAAUGAGCAAGUCAGUGGUCCUCCCGUUGAUCAACAACCAUCCACUCAUACAAUGUUGAAAAUGUAAAAGAAGUUAUUCUCAAAUCUAUUGAAGUUUUUAAUCUUAAAAGGCGGUUUCUUGGUAUUAAGUUUAGUUUUACAUAUGUAUUAACUAUAACAAAGAGUGAUUAAAUAUAAAAUAUUGUAUAGGUAUGAAGCUAGAUGUAAUAUUUUAUUAGUAGUGGUUGCUUAAAUCUAUAUGGGGCUUGGCAAUCCCUAUAUUUGUAUCUA